UCAUUUGUUCUUCUUCUUUCUUGGUUGGUUUGUUAAGAGCAGUUCAGUUUCCACUUCCAAAACUGAAACACAAAUUCUCAGUUUGGUUCUGAAGUGAAGAAGCUGACCCAAUUCCUCAUUUGCUUCAUUUGUGUGGAAAGGAACUUCAUUUCUACAAGCUGCCUUUGCUGUUUCCCAACAACACUAUGGCAAAGACAGGAUACAAACUACAGGAAUUUGCAGCUCAUUCAGGGAAUGUAAAUUGUUUAAAACUUGGAAGGAAGGCGAACCGCCUUUUCAUUACAGGAGGGGAUGAUCACAGUGUCAAUCUAUGGAUGAUUGGGAAACCAACCUCUUUAAUGAGUUUGUGUGGUCACACUAGUUCAGUAGAAUCAGUGACUUUUGACUCAGCAGAAGUGUUGAUUCUUUCUGGAGCAUCGUCAGGGGUAAUAAAGCUUUGGGAUUUGGAAGAAGCAAAGAUGGUUCGCACUCUUACCGGACACAGAUUGAAUUGCACUGCUGUUGAGUUUCAUCCAUUUGGUGAGUUUUUUGCAUCCGGCUCCUUGGAUACUAAUCUAAAUAUUUGGGAUAUCCGAAAAAAAGGAUGCAUUCAAACAUACAAGGGUCAUAGCCAGGGCAUCAGUACUAUCAAAUUCAGUCCUGAUGGCCGUUGGGUUGUUUCUGGUGGAUUUGAUAAUGUUGUGAAGGUCUGGGAUCUAACAGGUGGAAAGCUCCUGCAUGACUUCAAGUUCCAUGAAGGACACAUUAGAUCCCUAGAUUUUCAUCCUCUUGAGUUUCUUAUGGCUACAGGUUCAGCAGAUAGAACAGUGAAAUUUUGGGAUUUAGAAACCUUUGAACUGAUUGGAUCUACCAGACAUGAGGUUUCGGGGGUACGCUCAAUUGCUUUUCAUCCUGAUGGACAGAUCCUAUUUGCUGGACUUGAGGAUAGUUUGAAGGUUUAUUCAUGGGAACCUGUUAUAUGUCAUGAUGCUGUUGACAUGGGAUGGACAACACUUGGUGACCUAUGUAUUCAUGACGGGAUGCUUUUGGGUUGCUCGUUCUACAGUAAUUCUGUGGGAGUAUGGGUGUCAGAUAUUUCACUUAUAGAGCCAUAUAAUGGUGGCUUGGAAACUGAGAAAAAGGAAAGCACAAAACAGAAACUUAGUCUCCAGGGAAGACAAAUGGAGAAAGUAGAAGCUGGUGUGGGACCGGCUUUUGGGUUGUGCAGUAUGUCUGCUGACAAUGAGUCAAAAGAGAUAAAGAAUAUAUAUAUAGACUCUUCUGGAGGGAAUCCUGAUACCUUAAUAAGAUCCAGGUCUUAUAAUUCUCCAAAAGUAGAUCUUCCUGAAGAAUCCAAAGAAAUGCUAAACUGGAGUCCUGCAACAAGAGCUCAUGCAAAACAAAAUGAACAAACACUUAGAAAGUCUUACAUUAUGCCAAACUUUGUACCUCGGGAUAUUGUCAAUGGUAAGAACUCAGCAACCUUUUCAAAGACUAAACCUGGGAUGUUGCUUAAGCCAGUUCAUGUUCAGGGAGCAUCCACUGACAUACUUGAUGUUGAUGGGUUUUCAUCAGAUUUGGAUUCCAGAACAUUUUGUGAUACUGGAAGCAAAUCUGAUAGUGCAAAAGAUCCUAACUUCCAAAUGAAGCUUGGAUCUCAGAAUGAAGUCAGAGAAUCUAUUGAGGAUAAGCAUCCUAUCAAAAGUGUCACAGAGAAGUUUGAAAAAACUUUAACACCAGACAGAUUUUCUGACCAAGAUAAAUGUAAUCAAUCCUCUCCAUACAGCAAGGAGAUGAGUCCAGUUAAAUAUGUCAAUGGAGUUGCUGUUUUACAAGGAAGGACCCGUUCUUUGGUUGAGAGGUUUGAAAGACGGGAAAGAACUCCCACCGAUGAGAAUCAAGCUAAUGCAACCCCCGCCACAAUAUUCGAAAAUAAGGAAAAAAUUCUCAAAGAAGAUCAAACUAAUGCAUCCCCCAUCACCAGCAUAACAUCUGAGAAGGGUGAAAGAUCUCCUUUCGGCGAUGAUCAAAACAAUAUGCCCAAUGUUCCCAACACAACCAGUGAAACUGACAAGUCUGCUAACUUCCUGAAAGUUGAGCCUCAAGUUCUUGGAAGCAAUUCAAACUCUGCAAAUGAUGGAGAGAUAAUUGAAGGGCUGAUGCAAACUCAUGAUGUAACAUUAAGUAAUCUCCGUUCACGUUUGACAAAAUUACAGGUAGUGCAGCAUUUUUGGGAGCGGAAUGAUGCUAAAGGUGCCAUCAGUGCUUUGAGAAAGUUGCCUGAUCAAUCUGUUCAAGCUGAUGUUAUCAGUGUCCUUGUUGAUAAGAUGGAGAUUCUCACCUUAGAUUUAUUUUCUUGUUUACUUCCUGUGCUCACAGGUUUGUUGGAUAGCAACAUAGAAAGACAUGUGAAGGUGUCACUGGAUAUGCUGCUGAAGCUUGUGGCAGUUUUUGGUCCAACAAUACGUUCAACCAUUUCAGCACCUCCCUCUGUUGGGAUUGAUCUACAUGCAGAGCAAAGGCGAGAAUGCUCCAAUCAGUGCUUUAUGCAACUGCAAAAGAUCCGAAUGAUUCUUCCAAUAUUAAUAAGGAGGGGUGGUAUAUUGGCCAAGUCUGCCCAAGAGCUGAAUUUAGUUCUUCAACAACCCUAACUAAAGGUGUUGUUUUAUGAACUUCAUCCAACUCACGAAUGAGUGACUUGGCUUAACAUGCUGCUUAGCAGGAUUGUGUACAAAACAUGAAGCCUUCAUGUUGGUCUUUUUCAUCCACAGCCAACAAUUUCCUUUCGAAGAUUUGCACUAGCGACGGUUGUCAUCAGCUUUGUUUAAUGGCAGAAAAUUUUAGCCAAGUAAGAUAUGUGUGAGAUAUCUGAAUGAAUUAUUAGACCUUGUGCUUAAUUGCUUGAAAAGUAUCUCAGUCUUCAACUGAGUGAAUGUAUCAGUCUGCUGUAUUUAGUAGUUGUGCAAAAUUCCUUGUAUGUGCAAAUAUCCAAUGAAAUGUAUCUUUUUUCUGGGGUCAAAGUACUCAUGCUUCUUUUGUUAAAAUAAUUGGAGUGGUCAGAACUUACAAAUAUGAUGUUCACUGUACAUUUAGAUCAUAGAAUGCUCAAUUUGAAUACUGGGCAGAUUAAGAUUGUCAUUACCAAUUACCAAA